ACUCCACCUACACGGGGGGGUGGGAGACAACGACCAAACAAUUCAGCCACACGCUUCCUUACUCACAGAACAACACUCUCCUAUUCUUACUGCUCUUUAUCUAGGGAUGUUCCGAUCCCAUCUUUCCUUCCCGAUAACGAUGAGAUUCCUGAAUUUGAGCAUCGGCCGAUACCUAGUAUAUUAUAUACCGAUGCAGCAUUUAGCAUCGUAACUACUAUUAGCACUUGUUCUUAUUGAAGGGUUCUCUUCACUGACAGUGAUGUAUAGAUGUACGUUCACUUACUGUCAACAUUUCUUUUUUUCAAAACAAUAUAAUUUACAUGUAUAAUCUAUAAUUAUAAUCCUAUAUUCUUAUUUCUCUAGGUAAGCGUCGAUGCAUCAAUUGUUUUCCGACCUCCGACCGAUAACGAAGUGGAAAAUCCCCAUUAAAUCACAAAAUGUCUCUAGUUUUCACCAGCUCGUCUGUUUUGUCAUGUAUGGUGUUUCAAAUAUAUUUGAAAACAAAUCAACGUAUUUGAAUUACAGCGCAUGAAUGCACCCAAAGCCAGAGUGUGAAAGUUGAAACGACGGUGAACCGUGUGUCCGUGGGGGCGGAGCCAGGUGGUAGGGGCGGAGCCAGCUGUUAGGGGAGGAGAGGAGGGGACGUAUUAUUCAGGAAACGAAACUUAAGGAUCAUAGAAACCAAAGCCAUCCAACGCGGAAGCAGUUCUCUCUUUCAGGAGGAAAGAAGCAUUUUGGAAAACAUCGUCUGACACAGAAAAUAUAACAAGGAUGGCCUCUGCUAACAUUUCCUGGUCUGAAGAGAACUUUUCCUGUCCCAUCUGUCUGGAUGUGUUCAGCAGCCCAGUUUCCACACCGUGUGGACACAACUUCUGCAGAACCUGCAUUAAUAAAUUCUGGGAUGAACAAGUCCAGUGCAAAUGUCCUAUUUGUAACCAGAUUUUCGACACUAGACCUGAUCCACAGGUCAAUAUCUUUGUAUCAGAGAUGGCUGAUCUGUUUAGAACGACCGUACGAGUAAAGGAGCUGCCUUGUUUUGAACCAGGAGAAGUUCCCUGUGACGUCUGCACUGGGACCCAGCUGAAGGCUGUGAAGUCCUGCCUAAUGUGUUUUACAUCUUACUGCCAAACCCACCUGGAGCCACAUCAGAGAGUCGCAAGCCUGAAGAAACAUCGGCUGGUCGAGCCUAUGGACCGUCUGGAAGACAGGAUGUGUAAGAAACACGACCGACUUCUGGAGCUCUUCUGCCAGACUGAACAGGUGUGUGUGUGUCAGUUCUGCACAGAGGGUGACCACAAGUCCCAUCCUGUUGUACCUCUAAAGGAGGAAUAUGAAGUGAAGACGGCCCUGCUGGGGAAGAUAGAGGCUGAAGUUCAGCAGAUGAUCCAGGAGAGAAAACUAAAGAUUAAGGAGAUCAAAGACACGGUUGAAUAUAGCAAGAAAGACGCAGACGGAGUGAUAGCCGAUGGUGGGCAGGUCUUCACUGCUUUGAUGCGUCGCGUUGAAAAGUGCAGAGAUGAUUUCAACCAAACAGUUAAAGAGAGACUGAAAACCACAGAGAAACAAGCUGAAGACCUCAUCAAAGAGCUGGAGCAGGAAAUAGAAGAUCUGACCAAUAGAAGCUCAGAGGUGAAGCCACUCUCACACACUAAAGACCACCUCCACUUCCUCCAGACCUUCAGAUCCCUGAAGGAUCCUCCACCCACCAGGGACUGGACCACGGUGGAGGUCCGUCCUCCGUCAUACGCAGGGACGUUGAUGAGAUCCCUGGAUCAGCUGGAGGAGACACUGAACAUGGAGAUGAAGAAGCUGAGUGAUGAUGCUGAACUGAGGAGGGUCCAGCAGUAUGAAGUGGAUGUGACUCUGGAUCCUGAUACAGCUAAUCCCAGGCUCCUCCUGUCUGAGGAUGGGAAACAAGUACAUGAUGGAGGUGUGUGGAAGAGUCUCCCAGACAACCCCAAGAGAUUUACUUGGUUUACAUGUACUGUUCUCACGAGGCAGAGCUUCUCCUCAGGGAGAUUUUACUUUGAGGUCCAGGUUAAAGACAAGACUGCAUGGGGGUUAGGAGUGGCCAGAGAGUCCAUCAACAGAAGAGGUUGGACAGGGUUAACCCCUGAGACGGGUCUGUGGGCUCUGCUCUACACCAAGGAUGGGUUGGUAUUUAGAGAUUACCCUGAUGUCCGUCUCCCUCUGAGAGCUGAUCUCCAGAAGGUGGGGGUGUUUGUUGAUUAUGAUGAGGGUCUGGUCUCCUUCUAUGAUGUGGAAGCCAGGGUUCAUAUCUACUCUGCUACUGGCUGCAACUUCACUGAGCCUCUCUAUCCAUCCCUCUCUCCAUGGUUUCAUGAAAGAGGUACAAACUCUGCCCCCCUGAUCAUCUCACCUGUCAAUCAAACAGACUAGGACUUUUGUUUGAUAAUAAAAUAAACAAACAACCAAAAUA